AUGAAUCUUCUGGUUCUAAUCUUGUCUGUGAUUGCCGGUGCCACCGCCAAGCCGCAGGGUUAUAAUUUGACUCGCCUUCCGGCCCAUCUUUACUCCCACGAAGAUGCAGCAACGGACAAGUGUUACAUGUGGACGAUAGAUGCGUUACUCCAAGAUGGGUCCUCCCCUUUCAUCCCUGCACCAACCGUGGAGACUAAUCUCUUAUUCAUCCGAACUCCCGAAGGGGGACAAGGGCCAGAUCCCAUCGUUGUACCACCUCCGCAACAGGAGCAUGUAGUAUACAUCCUCAAUAAGCAAUCUGAAGAAGGCCAAAAGGUGAUCGAAGUUCCAGCACCACCACCUUCCGAUCCUGAAGUGUACUUCGUUAACUACGCUGAAGGAGAGAAUCCAACUCUUCCAAGUGGAGUGGAUCUGCAGACUGCCUUGGACGCGGCUUCGGCUGGCAGUGGUCAGGUGGUUGGGAGUUCUGAAGGUUUCGGUAGCGGUGCGGCUGGAGUAAACGGUGGUUUCGGUAGCAGCAAUGGUUUCGGAAGUAGCAAUGGCUUCGGAAGCAGCAAUGGUUUGGGAAGUAUCAGUAGCUUUGGAAGCAUCAAUGGUUUCGGAAGUAUCAAUGGUUUGGGAAAUAGCAAUGGUUUCGGAAGUAUCAGUGGUUUGGGAAGCAGCAAUGGUUUUGGAACCAGUGGUGGUCUUGAAGCAGUAAUGGUUUCGGAAUCAGCAGUGGUUUAG